GCAGAGACGAUGAAGGCUACAGAUCCAGAAUUGCUUCAGGUGGAUGAAUUUAAGAAUGAACAGCUCUUGAGUUUAACCAUCAACCUCCUGCUUUUCAUCCGGUCCCAGGUCCCUGUCACCAAGAAACUCUUUCAGAGCUAUGCCUCUGACGUUGUCCUUGACCCUACCACUGCCCACCCGAAACUUAUCAUUUCCCCUAAGGGUGACUUGGUAGAGUACACGGACACCUGGCAAGAAGUCCCAGAGAACCCCUCACGCUUCGACACCACCCUCAAUGCCAUCAGCCGACAGGGCUUCCGAGAGGGACGUCACUACUGGGAGGUACAGGUAAGUGGGAAGACCUACUGGGAGAUAGGUCUCACCUACCCAAGCAUCCCACGCAAGGGCCGUGAGGAGGACUGCUGGCUGGGCCGUGGAGACGAGUCUUGGGCAAUGGAGUUCUUUAAUGGGGACUACACAGCAUGGCAUGACAGGGUGGCCCAUGCGCUCCCUGUGGUGGCCGGACAGCACUUCACUCGCAUCGGUAUUUACUCCAGCUUUCCCGGGGGCCUGGUGUGCUUCCUGGGGGCCGACACCAUGACCCCUCUCCACUGUUUCUAUGUCGCCACCUUCACCAAUGUCCUCCACCAGGCUGUGUGCCCCGGGCACGACAAUCAGGGGUCCAACUGGAAGCCCCUUAAGAUUUGCGAUGCCUCACGCUCUGCCCCUACCCUCUGAUGGAGGACAAAUGCAAUGGGUGGA